UCGAGAGUAACUAUAAUAACUUUGAAAAGCGACUUUGAAAUACGAAUAAAAAUACGUAUAUAAUGUUAGAGAAAAUAUUUUCUUGUAUAUAAUAUCUAAGUCGAUUUUAACGGUAACAGCGCAGUGCUCUGUAAGAUAACGAUACUUAAGCAUUCACAGUGCAAAAUAUUUCUCUCAGGUGUUAUGUACGACUCAAUUGCUUUCUUUUUCUAAUUCAAAUUUGAGAAGAAGCAGCAAUGGGUACAACACCAAGCCGUUAUGAGGACUUUUCAAAAAAUGAACAUUUGGAAAAGUUCUGUGGAAAACAAUCAAUUUCUCCUCAUGAUCCGUUUUGGAGCUCAUUCUUAUCUUACAAUAUGCGACCACCUAUAACAAGGAAUGACCAAAUAGAACUUGAUUCUCAAUUAGAUUUAGCUUGCCAACAGUUAUUGAGUAAUAAUCCAACAACAGGCAAUUUUGGUAGCUUGAUUCAAGUUACAUUUAUUCGUAUAAGCGAGUUACUUGCACCAGUGCAGAACCAAAACAUAGUAUCCGCAUGGCAUACAUAUAAUGCAUUAUUUGCUGUAAGAUGUUUUUUAAAAUAUCUUGUGGAAACUGUUGGAGAAGAAGAAAUGAUAAAGCAUAUAGAAGCAUCUGAGAUAUCUACAGGAGGGCAAUCAACAUCCUCGUAUAGAUUAGAAGAUCUUUUCGAAUCAUUAUUAGAACUUAUAACUGAUGUACCUUUAUGUGAAUUCACUUAUAUCGUUCAUUUGGAAGCAAUAAAUUGUCUACUUGUACUUCUUUCCGUACAAUUAUUCUCUCAAACUGCUGCUGAAUACAGUCCUAUCUAUAGAAUAGCAAUGCAUGCACAAAGUAGCGAACAUGCACCGGCUGUAGUAUGUACAUUGUUACAUAACUUUGUACAACAACAACAUGCACCAGCAGGAUUAUUUUCACAACAACCAGGUGGUAGUAUAGUUUUCAGUAUUGCUGCUGGAUUAUGGAAUGUUAUUACAAUGGGCAUGGGUCAUAGCUCAAAGAAUGUACAAGUUUUAAACAAUGGUGCAACGGAAGAAGAAGAAAAAAAACGAGAUACAGAAACCCCUCUUGCUAGUCAAUCUUUAUUAUUGCUAUUAGUUUUAACAAAUCAUUGUACUGCAACGCAAAACCCUUAUAGAAAUGCACUUUUUACUUUUACAGAUAUGCAAGAAGAUUAUUCUCCAUCUCAAAUGGAAGGACACAAUGCGUUCAGAUUUAAUUUAAACAAAUUGUAUAGUACAAUCUGUAAAAUACAAAAUACUGAUGAAGUCACAUUACUGCUUUACAUGUUAUUGCAUAGAAAUCAGAAUGUGAAACACGACAUAAUCAGAAGAUCAGAUAUACAUUUAUUGGUAACACCAAUACUACAAAUAUUAUAUCAUGCACCUAAUAAUACAUCUCAUCACAUUUAUAUGUCGCUUAUAAUUCUUUUAAUCUUGAGUGAAGAUGAAACAUUUAAUAAAAGAAUACAUGAAAUUAUGCUAAAAGGUAUAACUUGGUAUACUGAAAGAUCUAUAAGCGAAAUAUCAUUGGGUGGACUGCUUAUUCUUGUUGUUAUAAGAACAAUACAAUAUAACAUGUUUAAAAUGAGGGAUAAAUACUUGCAUACAAACUGUUUAGCUGCUUUAGCUAAUAUGUCUGCACAAUUUAUGUCAUUGCAUCCCUAUGUUAGUCAAAGAUUAUUAAGCUUAUUUGAAACAGUAGCAAGAAAACAUGCAAGAUUAGAAGCCAAAAUAAAAGCAUUGUCUUCUGUUUCAUCGGAAAGCACGACAAUCAAUAUUAAUGGGACCGUAAGCAAUACAGAUUUAGUACAAGAUUUAACCAUAUUAGAAGAAGUUCUUAGGAUGGUACUCGAAAUUAUAAAUAGUUGUCUUACGCAUAAACUUGCAGAAAAUCCAAAUUUGAUCUACACUCUUCUUUAUACUUUUUGUGAGAAAGAUAUUUUUGAACCGUUCAGAUUGCAUUCAGCAUUUCAAGAUAUUGUGCAAAAUAUAGAUCCUGUUAUAGAUUUCUUCUCAUAUAAGUUAGAACAAAGGGAUCAAUCUCAGCUCGGUGUCAGUCAGGUAUUAGCUAUAAUACAGCAAGGUGUUACCGAAUGGCCUCGUGAUCGUCUAAGAAAAUUUCCGGAACUCAAGUUUAAAUAUGUAGAAGAAGAACAACCAGAAGAAUUCUUUAUUCCUUAUGUAUGGAGUAUUGUCUGUCAAGGAGCUUUAUUACAUUGGAGUGCAGAAAAUAUUAAAUUACAAGCUAGUAUUUAAGCUUGUCUAUGGCAGAUUAAUCAAAUGUGAAAUAUGAAAAAUAGAGUGGAAAAAAGAAAGGAUGAAAAGAAUACUAUGCUGAUAUAAUAAAUUUAAACAUAUAUAAAAUCUAUAUUAACAAAUGUUUAAUAAUAUUUAUAUGUAUGUUUGUAUUUAUGACAGAAAAGUGAAAUCGAAUAGUUUGGAUUUAACUUUACACUUGGCCACUUUCAAUUUCAAUUUUAACCUUCUUUCAUAUUUUAAAAAUGAAAUUAUUUUUGAGUUCUCAUUACUUUGGGUGGCCCCUUUACAGCUAUCCCAAACUUUCACUUUCUGUCUUAUCAAGAAAUUCGGAUAAUAGAUCGAAUAUACAGACAUAUGUAAAGAUAGUAUUAAUCAUUUAUUAAUAUAAAUCUUCGUCGAAGUAAAAUGAAGAUUACGGUUUGAUGAAUUGAAAUGAUAACACCGAAUCGUUUGAAUUUGUGAGAAGUAAUAGAUUUUAUAAAAGAAAAUAUGAAAUUCUCUUUGAAUGCAGAAAUCAUAUCUAUCCUAGUCUUUAAAUUUACGAUUGUAUUGUUAUACGGUUCAAAGAAUGAUUUCUUUUUUUCAUCGAGAUUAGAAAAAUGUUUGAAAUUUUUUAUGAAAAAAGAAAAAAAAAAUUGACGUAGAUAUCUAUGUGCAGAUUUAUUUAUAUGCUUCAAAUUGCCUAGGUAUACGAUUAAUAUAUAUAUAUAUAGAUUACUCAAAUUUAUAAAUAGAUUAUAAUUAUUAAAAUAUUCAUAAAGUAAAACGUAAGAAGGGAGGUAAAUAAUCUUCGGUUAUUGUAUAUAUGUACUGAGACUUCAAUUUUUCAAAAUAUCUUCCUACUUUUAGUUAAAUUAGAUCAUUCCUUACAAUUUUGAUAUAUAUACGUAGAAAUGGAAAUAUUAGAAAAAAUUUCUUUUUUAUUAUACUAAUAUAUUGAUUUGUUAAAGUUUUAUGCUAACACAUCGAACGAAAUGUGAUCUAUGUAAUAUAGCACUUAGCGUUUUUAUUACAUACCUUUAUUACAUAUGCGCAUUGACAUUCAUGGCAGUUGGUAGUAGAGCUUUGUGUAUUGCAGCUGUUUAACAAUGUAGUACAAUUUUAUGUUUAAAAUUGAAGAAUGAUACAAUUUCAUUAUUUUGGUAGGAGUAUUAACUUAUUAGAAAAAAUUUAAUUUUGACAGGAGAUAUUUUGUUAUAUUUAUCGAUGAGUAUUUAAUAUAUUUAAAAAUGCUAAAAUCAACGCAAGAUUUUUCUGCACCUUAUUAAAAAUAUAAAUACAACUCUUGAGAAAUUAAUUGUGAAAGAUAAAAAAUCAUGAUUCAUCAGAAGAUUGUUCAUACUUCAGAAUUAAUAUCACGAGAUGUAUGUAUAGCACACUUUCCAUGAAAAUUUAUAUAUAUAUAUAUAUAUAUAUAUAUAUAUAUAUAUAUAUAUAUAUCUUUAUAAUUGUUUUUAUAAAACAAUUCUAAAAUUUAUCGUGUGUGUAUGUGCAUGUACAUCAAAUAAGUUUUUCAGACACUUAUCGUUGUAAAUACUUACUUCAAGUGCGCGCAAGUGAGAGCUCCUAUAUAUAAACACAUAUAUUUAAUGAAUUAUUUAAUUAAACAGCAAUGUCGCUGCUAAUAUAACAGCAUUUGUGUAGGUACAUGGUUUAUGCUGUCCAUGUUCAAAUAUAAAUGUAAGUUAACAUAUAUACAUAUAUAUAUAUAUAUAAAUAUAUAUAUAUAUAUAUAAAAUAAAAAGUUCUGAUAUUUAUAUACAGAAGUAUGGAAUGUUUCAAUAUAUCCCAGAUAUAUUUUCGCUCGGAAUCAAAAAUUCUUGUACAUAUAAUAUAAAAGAAGUUUAAAGAUAUAUGUAUAUGAGAACAAAAAGGAAAUGAAAAUGAAUGAAAAUAAACUAAUCGCUCUUAUUUGAAUUUCUUGCUUGUAAAAAAAAAAAAAGAAAAAAAAAAAAAGAAAAAAGAAAAACAUUGAAAUUUUUGCCGACGCAUCAGAUAGAAUAUAUAAGUCGAUCUAUAUUUUUCGAAUGUACAUCUUUAUUAAACAAAUACAGUUGACGUCUUAAUAUUAUUUAUAUAAUAUGUCGAUAUAGAUCGUAUUUCAUUUUCCUAGCCUGUGCAGCGUAUAUAUGCGACCGCGCGCGUGUACGUGUGUCAUAUACUAUUGCUAAACAUCUCUUUUGUUUGAGAGAACGAUUUUUUUUUCUGUUGGAGAAUAACAAGGUAAUUUGACGUUUCUGUGCGUCGCGUGCAGACGCGCCGAGUAACUCAGUGUGUCGUACAUUAAAUUAAAAUUCAUAUUUCAUAAACAUUGCUUUCUUAGCCAUAUGUCCACGUCACAACUUGAAACGUGCUUAGCGCAUAGAUAAUAGUAUCAUUACCCAUAAUAAUUAAAUUCCUUAUAGCUGUAUUCUAUAUCGUUACUUAAUCUUAUUAGUUAACACACAAUCAAUCUGCGAUGGGAGGGAAUUUAUUCGGUCCGUAAUAAUAAUCCAAUUACGGCCUAUAUCUAUUAUCAAUAGCUGAUUAAUUAUUAAUUUAUGACAACGUCGCUCUCUUGGAUAAUCUUGAUUCUCCUUCAUCUCUUUUCUCUCUUUUUUUUUUUUGUUCCUUUUUAUUUGUUUCAUUUUCCUUUCUUCUUUUUUUUUUUUAAAUUAUUAUUAUUAUUAUUAUUAAUAUUAUUAUUAUUAUUUUAAUCUUUUCUCUUCUUGUCUUUUUUUUCCCCCCUUGAAAUUUCAAUCGUUAUAAUCGUGUGAAAGGACGCGGCGUGUCAUUUGCUAUAUCAUAUAUUUGUUUUAAAUCCUUUUUUUUAAAUUUUUUUUUCUUUUCUUAUUUUUUUUCCUCAAUUAUUCACGUACAUUCUUACGUGGUGUGUUUCUCGUGUGUAAUGAAUGUAUGUAUGUAUGUAUGUAUGUAUGUAUGUAUGUAUGUAUGUAUGCGUUAUUUAUCCUCACAGAGAGACAAUGAAGCAUACGUAAAACAAGAGAUAACUCUUGUUGAGUGCUUAUUCCGCAAAUGAUAUUCUUAAUAUAGAUAAUAUGUAAUUAUCGAGCUCGUAUUUUAUUUCAUUCGAAAAGAAAUCACCCGUCCUGUAUGUCUCUGUCAUACGUGUUACAUUGUUUUGGUCACAAAUUACACAUCCUCUCAUAGUCACGUGUAAAAUUCAAAACAUUCGGGGACAACCAUUGGAGGUACCGUUACGUGUAAGCAUUAUAGAGAAUAUGUUCAAAUAUUAUAUACGUAAACAUACAUACAUGAGAGAGUGCAUGUGCAUAUGUGUACGUACAUGCUAGCUGCCUACAAAAUACAAUGGUACGUUUUACAAAUCCAUACCUUUUCUCUUUUCUCUUUAUUUAUUUAUUUCUUUUUUGUUUUGUUUUUUGUUUUCUUUCACUUUGUUUAUAUCAUUCAUCUGCAAACGGCGUAGAUAUAUCUUUUUAUGUGUGUAUCUAUAUAUAUAUAUAUAUAUUUAUAUAUAUAUAUUUAUUUAUUUAUAUAUAUAUAUAUUUAUAUUAUAGUAUCAUCUAGUCGGUUUUUGUUCUGCAUAGUUCCCAUUAUUCCCUCAUAAUUAAUAAUUAAGUACAUCUUCAAAGUAGGUGCAUACGCCUUUUUUGUGUGUAGGUUGUAUUGCGUUAUGGCUAUGCUUGGUUUUUUUUUUUUUUUUUUUUUUUUAUGAUUCUUAUAGCUGCUGUUGCUUACGCUGCCGAUUUAAGGAGAACUUACAUUCGAAUACUUUUCAUUUCUUUUCUUUUUUUUUUGUUUUAUGUUAUUUUUGUUUUUAUUCUAUUUUUAUUUUUCCCUUUCCUAAAGCCCUCACCCAUAAUCCCUCCCCCCCCCCCCUUAAUAGUUCAAUAGAUCGAAUGAGAAAAAAAUGCUGAUAAUGCACGUCCGCUUAAGAAUUCCGUCUAUUCUCUCUUUUAUCAUUGAGGACGACAGGCGUCGUCGUUUAGCACGAAUGAGUCUGUUAUUCUAACGCUUUUCGCUUUUAGCUUGAGACAAUAGCAACUUUGUGUGUGCAACGUUUUACCAAUAUUUAUAUAUACCUGUGUUUGUGUAUACAUGUAUAUGUGUGUGUGUGUGUGUGUAAUAAGUUUCUCUUGUAUCAAAGCGUAAAGACGAUUAAAUUCGAUUUAAUAUCGUAAAAAUAUUCACAAUGGACUACUCUUAUAACACUAGAAUUACCAUGUCGACCUAUUUUUGUUCGUAUUCGUCAAUUUGAUGUUUAAGCUUUUUGAGGAAAAAACAAACGAAAAAAAAGGAAAAAAUAUAUUCCUCAUUAUUUUUAAUUUAUUUAUACCUUGACAAUAAUAAGUAAAAUAAAAUAGAUUUCAUAGUUCAUAUACUUGUAUAAUAAUUAUGAUAUAUAUAUAUCUAUAAUAUUAUAUAAUAAUAUUAUAAUAUAUAGUAAUUAUAUAACGAGAAAUCUGAAAUCCAUCAUAUUGACGAACUUGGUACCUCCAGUGUUAAAUUUAUAAACAAAUGAUUUUCUACAAUUUCUCAAAUAAAUUGUAAACAAAGAACUAUUUCUAUAUGUAUAUAACUUAAUUAUUUAACGGAGCAAAGGAUUUCUUCUGAAAUUAUAUAAAAUAGCUAUAUAUUAACACGCUUAGAAAAGUACGAUUAUUUUUUUUCUUUUUUUUUUCUUUUUUUUUUCUUUUUUCUUUUCUUCCUUUUCUUUAUAUCCCAAUACGGUAGAGUGUUCUGUUUCCGUGCAAUUAAUUAAAUAUAAAGGAAUUAUUUGACGGUGAGUUUCGUAGGCAUUUUCACCGAUUGAGACAUGAUUUUUGAAGGAUACAAAAAGCGUGUCUGUCGUAGAUAUAGAUAUUUUUAUAUGGAUAUAUAGAAACGAUCUACCGUAUCGAAAUUUAGGGCAAAAUGCGUACACUUUUAUCACGUAUGUAUGUAUACAUAUACCUAUUCGAGAGAAGAAACAAGUAGCCUUAUAUGUAUAUUCUGUUUGUUUGCUAUGAAAAGCAUUAAUAGAGAUGGCCUUUUAUAUUCCUUUUUUUUUUUCUUUUUUUUUUAUCAUUAUAUUUUUCUUCUUCUUCUUCUUCUUUUUUUUAUAACAUUCUGUAUUUAGAGAAAUGUUCAAAUCGAUCUUCAAAUAGAUCAAUUAUAUGGAAACGAAAGGAUUACAGAAAGUAUGAAAGUAUAUAUUCGUAUAUCUGCGCGUAUGUGUGUAUACAUGUGUGUUCGUUUGCUUGUGUAUGAUUAAAACGUUUACACCGAUCAUUAAAAAACGUAGGAAAAAAAAAGAAGAAAAAAAAGAAGGAAAUAAAAGAAAGGACGUGUAAAAAAAUAUGCAAGAGAAAGAAGGUGUGAGGCAGAGAGAGAAAGAGAAAGAGAUAGACAGAUAGACAGACAGAUAGAUAGAUAGAUAGAUAGAGAGGGAGAGAGAGAGUGAGAGAGAGAGAGAAAAUAAUUAAAAAAAAAAAAUAAAGAAAGAAGAAAAUCUGACAUAUAUAUAUAUAUAUAUGGCAAGUUAACAUCACGAUGUGGCAGAUCCCUUAUGAUUGUAUAAGGAGCUCUUACGAAAAUUUGUUAAAACUUCUGACAAAUCUCUUAUAAAAAUGAUAUGAUAUGCUCGUUGGAAAAAUAAGUUGUUCAUUAUAGUUUCUAUGAAUAUAGAUAUCCGUACACAAAUUUCUCUCUUUUUUUCUCAGUUCUAGAUAAGUUCCGAUCGCGGGUCGUCGGUCAUUUUAUAAUUCUAAAUACAUAAUAAUAAAUACAUACAUAAGAAUCCGUUCAUUACUUCGCAGCGAGUAUAUUAUUAAUGCGCAGUCAUCACGAUUUAUAUUAUUUUCUUCGAAAGUUAAAAUAUCCAUCCCCUCUGCGGAUCAUUGCACAUUUAUUUAAAUAUAAGCAUUUUCUGGCGAGCGAUCCGUAUGAUUGCUAAAGCGCGUCACAACCAUAUAAUAUGUAGUAUGUAGUGCACGUAACAUAUAAUAUUAUGACAUGAUGCACUUUAGUAUAUACACCACGUAAUUGCCAAGAGAAACACGCCUAUUUAUGUUAACAUCUUAAUCGCUAUAUGUCGUAUUUAACAGUAUCAUCUAAAAUACAACAAUCACGGUAGAAUAGCUCCAUUCGAUACGCACAGUUGCGUCUGAUAAAAUCAGUUUGAGUCACUAUUAAAAUAUAGAGUAGAAUUCAAUGUACUACCGUUUAAAAAGGCACAUAAAAACUAGUUGCUCUGCUAAAAGAGAGAAAGAGAGACAGGCAGAGAGAGAAAGAGAGAGAUAUAUAUAUAUAGAGAGAGAGAGAGAGAGAGAGAGAGAAAGAGAGAUUGCACAAUGAUUCUUAAAAAAAUAAAAAACCCCAUUUCUUUCGAGCAUUAAUCGAGUGCGCUGCGCUGCGUUUAGAAUAAAAACAUCUUUUCUGAUCCGUCGCAUCGAAAUCUCACCGCAGAAUAAUGAAUAGAAACAUGUAUGUAUUUUAUAAUUACAUGUGUCCUUUCGUGUGCACAUACUACACAUGUACUUAACUCGUAUAGACCGUAUACGCAGAGAAAAUCGGGGGUGGGGCGCGUAUCUAGUCCAGUACGCAUGCAUAUACAUAUGUAUGUAUACGGAUAUGAUGUUAAUACACAAGUGUACUUAACGGUGAAGCACUAUCAUAAGAUGCGCGGCAAUGUCCUUACUAAUUGUAAGAGCUAAAAGUCGUAUCUGUUGUAUUAUGUCGUUCGGUCGUUCAAACGAUCGGUCGAUCGGUCGAUCGGGAAGGAACAUUGUGCAAAUUAUCCAAGAUUUUUUCCUUUCUUUCCUUCUUCUUUUUCUUUUGUCCUCUUCUUUUCUUACUUUUUUUUUCUUUUUUUCUUUUCUUUCUUUCUUUUUUUUUUUUGUUUUUCGUUAUUAUUCCCCUUUAUUUCUUUUUUAUACUUAAAAAUAAAACGGUAAAUCAGGCAAGUCGAUAAGCUUGCCACGACGUAAUCCGUGAUCGACCGCGAGUCCUGACGGAUCUACGAAUAUCUUAUGAAAAAUUGCCGUUUUUACGAUACACAUAUCUCUUUUUCAAGCAUUUCGAAGAAAGUUUUAUAUGUAGAUAUAGAGGAUACGUUCGUGAGAUCAAAUAUCAACGUGGAUAGCUUAUAUUGAGAAAGAUAGAAAUAGAAAUAGAGAUAGAAAUAGAGAAAAAAAGAAAAGGAGAAAGAGAGAAAGAGAGAAAGAGAGAGAAAGAAUGAGAAAGAGAGAGAAAAAGAGA